AUGUCGGGCGAAGCAUCAGAAGCGCAACAGGCGCCUCGCACUGAAGCCGUGACUUUUGCACGCUUCUCAGCCGCCAACACAGCAGCCGCUCAUCUCCUGGACAAUAUCCGGUCUGAACUGUCACCUUCAUCCCUUAAAAUCCACGGGAAAGCAAUUGGUUACGAGCUGUCAAUACCGCCAUCAUCAUCACCCGGCAACCAUGUCUUCGAAGACGUCUGGCGAAUAGGCGCCGGUCCACCCACGGCAAUCGUUGAGCGGAAACUGGACCAUCUCAAGCCAGACAUUCUGCUGUGUCCGCCAGAUGGAUCGCUCAGUGCCACUUUGGCGCGUCAAUUCAUCAAAGAUUUACACGCCUUCAUUCAGUUUCACGCAAAAUCUGGCGUGAUGAUGCUCAAGACAACAUCCAUUCGGCCCGUCACCUAUGAGCAUGGCGAUAUGGAUCAGACGGAUUUGGGGUUGGCUUUGUGCAAGAUUCAAAGCUGCGUCAUGCGGCGGAGCCAGAAUUUUAUUCGGUUCGGCGAUUAUCGUUUUGUUCUUGAAUUCAUCGCCCAAGGUCAGGACGAGGGCAAGAUCAAAACACAUCCAAGCGGUUAUCGUGGACUUUACCCUUCACCAGCACUCAACGCCGCCCCCAUGACACACUCCAAGACCUCUUGGAACAUCUGGCUACACAACAAGAUACCCGACACAUCAACCACCUCAGGUGUCAACAUCUACACUGGAGAACCAGUCGCCGUCAAACAACUAGACAGCAAAACGGCACUACUGCCAUACACUAGCAACCGACUCCAGGUUGCUCAUCAGUACGACAAGAAGAGAGAAAAGGGCGUGCUCGGUAUCAUAGAUGUGUGGUGUGAACAUGACAUUUCCCCUCCGUGCUUUUCCAAUCGGCUCGAGAAAGCCGAUGACGAUAGCUGUGAGCGGACAUUCUAUUCCAUGCCUCUGGCCAACAAUAAUUUUCGCGAUAUGCCAUGGGUGAAUCUCGAAUUUGAGAAACGCCUUGCCUUGUUUUAUCAGACUUUAUUGGGGCUGGCCGAGCUACACCAGCAAAACAUGACCCACGGAGACAUUUUGCCAGAGUCACUGCUCAUCUUUACGGAACCCGAAUCCGCAACAGAGGACCAAUCCCCUCCUAGGAGAGCAGUGAUUUCUCUCAACAUGCGAAAACGAAAGAAGAAGCCAGACCCGAGCGUUUGCGUAGCGCCCGAGGUCUGGAGUAGCCAGGGUGAGCAGAAUGGUGAUUUGGACGAGACCAAACUGGACAUUUGGGCACUUGCGGCCUCAUGGCUCUUUGCUUUUACCUUCCCUCCAAAGAACAUGAAGAUUACAAAACAGACCUAUGGCGGCUUGAAGAUAACAUUGGAUACCCAGUUUAAAAGGGGACUGAUCAAGGAACCGCUGGUCAAGCUUUUACGGCAAAUGCUGGCAUGGAAGCCACAAGAUCGUCCGAGUGCAGCAGAUGCUCUUGCAGAUGAAGCGUGGGAUCCCAUCCGAGACAGGAUGCGGGAAGAGGAGGAUGGCAGGAAGCGGAAGCGACUGGACAUGAUGAGGAGUGUUGACGGCGGAGACAAGAGAGUCAGAGUGCUUUCGCCUGAUCCGGAUGAAUAA